UAAACCCUAAAUCUAGUACAAAACCAACGCCUCCUUUCUUCCACACCAGAGCAGAAGCAGAGAAGAAACCAGAGCCAUGGGUAUCGAUUUGAUUGCUGGAGGUAAGAGCAAGAAAACAAAAAGAACAGCACCCAAAUCUGAUGAUAUUUAUCUCAAGCUUCUCGUCAAGCUUUACCGAUUCUUGUUGAGGAGAACUGGUAGUAAGUUCAAUGGUGUUAUAUUGAAGAGAUUGUUUAUGAGUAAGGUCAACAAAGCUCCACUGUCUCUGUCCAGAUUGAUUAAGUUCAUGGAUAACAAGGGAGAGAAGAUUGGUGUACUUGUCGGUACAGUUACUGAUGAUGUAAGGAUAGUAAAGGAAGUACCAAAAAUGAAGAUUGCUGCGUUGAGGUUUACUGAGACUGCUAGAGCUAGGAUUGAGAAAGCUGGUGGAGAGUGCUUGACUUUUGAUCAGCUUGCUCUGAGAGCUCCUCUUGGACAGAACACGGUUCUUCUCAGAGGUCCAAAGAACUCUCGUGAAGCAGUGAAGCAUUUCGGAGCUCCUGGUGUGCCACACAGUCACAGCAAGCCUUAUGUGCGUUCCAAGGGAAGAAAAUUCGAGAAAGCCAGAGGAAAGAGAAACAGCAGAGGUUUCAGAGUUUAAGUGGUUGUUUAUCACAUGCUUUUAUCUCAAGUCAGACUUUUCAAUCCCAAGUGUUAAUCCUAUCUUAUAUACACUGUGGGCACUCAAAUUUUUGUUUAUCUAGAAUUUACGUUAGUAAAUUUUCCAUUCGUUGUUUUUGGUGGAUUAGUGUUAACUUUUAACAAGACAUCGAUCUAUGUUAUAUCUGGAUUUCUUAUCUGUUCUAGUAGUAAAAUUGUGGUUCGGUGUGAGUUUGUUAUAAUAACUCUUUAUAUGCUGUU